AUGUCCCCUGGCCGGCUGUGGCCUGGCCUGCUGGCCGUGCUGGCCUUCCUCUGCCCGACAGCUUCUUCGUGUGGCCUGUCAACCCACGUGGAGAUAGGACACAGAGCUCUGGAGUUUCUUCACCUUCAUGAGGGUCACGUAGACUACAGAAAGCUGUUACUGGAACACCAGGAUGCGUAUCAGGCUGGGACCGUGUUUCCCGAUUCUUUUUACCCCAGCUUCUGCAAAGGAGGAAAAUACCAUGACGUGUCUGAGAGCACUCACUGGACUCCGUUCCUUAAUGCAAGCGUCCAUUAUAUCCGCGAGAACUACCCACUGCCCUGGGAGAAGGACACAGAGAAAUUGGUGGCUUUCUUGUUUGGAAUCACCUCGCAUAUGGUGGCAGACGUCAGCUGGCACAGUCUGGGCAUUGAACAAGGGUUCCUCAGGACCAUGAGCGCUAUGGACUUUCACGGCUCCUAUUCUGAGGCCCACUCCGCUGGAGACUUUGGAGGAGAUGUGCUGAGUCAGUUUGAAUUCAAUUAUAAUUACCUCGCGCGGCGCUGGUAUGUGCCCAUCAAAGAUCUACUGGGAAUUUAUGAGAAACUUUAUGGCCGAGAAGUCAUUACCAAAAAUGUCAUCAUUGAUUGUACGUACCUUCAGUUCUUAGAAAUGUAUGGAGAGGUGUUAGCCGUUUCCAAGCUUUAUUCUACGUACUCUACAAAGUCCCCGUUUCUGGUGGAACAGUUCCAGGAGUAUUUCCUUGGAGGACUGGAUGACAUGGUGUUCUGGUCCACCAAUAUCUACCGGCUCACGAGCUUCAUGCUGGAGAACGGGACCAGUGCCUGUGACCUGCCGGAGAACCCUCUGUUCAUCGCAUGUGGUGGCCAGCGAAACCACAGCCAUGCUGCAAAAGUGCAGAAAAUUGAUUUUCAUAGGAAUGUGACGGCACCCAUAACUAAAGAUCUUGGAAGAAACAUAAACUACACUGAAAGAGGCGUGUUCUUCAGUGUGGACACCUGGACCCCGGAUUCCAUGUCCUUUAUGUACCAGGCCUUGGAAAGGAACCUGCGGACCGUGUUCAUGGCCCGCUCUCAGGAGCCCCUGAAGCACAUCUCCAGCCCCUUGGCGUCUUACUUCACGUCUGUCCCCUACGCGAGGCUGGGCUGGGCAAUGGCCUCUGCGGACCUCAACCAGGAUGGGUACAGCGACCUUGUGGUGGGGGUGCCCGGCUACAGCCGCCCCGGCCACUUCCAGAUUGGGCGUGUGUAUCUCAUCUACGGCAAUGACCUGGGCCUACCCCCCACUGACCUGGACCUGGACACAGAGGCCAGCGGGAGCCUGGAGGGCUUCCAGCCCUCAGGUCGCUUUGGCUCAGCCGUGGCUGUGUUGGAUUUUAACCAGGACGGGGUUCCGGACUUGGCUGUGGGAGCACCCUCUGUGGGCUCUGAGCAGCUCACAUACAAAGGUGCAGUGUACGUCUACUUUGGUUCCAAACAAGGAAGACUGAAUUCUCCCCCUAACAUCACCAUCUCCUGCCAGGACACCUACUGCAACCUGGGCUGGACACUCCUCGCUGCAGAUGUGAAUGGAGACAGUGAGCCCGACCUAGUGAUCGGCUCCCCCUUUGCACCGGGUGGAGGAAGGCAGAAGGGAAUCGUGGCUGCCUUUUAUUCUGGCCCCUGCCAGAGCAACCAAGAGCAGCUGAACGUGGAGGCGGCCGACUGGAUGGUGAGCGGUGAGGAGGACUUUGCCUGGUUUGGAUAUGCCCUCCACAGCAUCAGGGUGGACAGCAGAACCUUGCUGCUGGUGGGGAGCCCCACGUGGAGGAACGUCAGCAGGCUGGACCGUGCGUCCCACAGCCACGACAAGCAGAGCCUUGGCAGGGUGUACGGCUACCUCCCCCCAGAUCGCCAGAGCAGGUUUAUCAUUUCUGGUGACAAGGCAAUGGGGAAGCUGGGCACGUCACUGUCAAGUGGCCACGUGAUGGUGAACGGGAACCGUACCCAAGUGCUGCUGGUGGGAGCCCCGACUCAUGAUGAUGUGUCUAAGAUGGCAUUCCUGACCAUGACCCUGCACCAGGGUGGAGCCACCCGGGUGUAUGCGCUGACCCUGGACAUGCAGCCUUCUCUGCUCAGCACCUACAGUGGAGACCGUCGCUUCUCUCGCUUUGGUGGAGUUCUGCACUUGAGUGACCUGGAUAACGAUGGCUUAGAUGAAAUCAUCCUGGCAGCCCCACUGAGGAUAACAGAUGUAACCUCUGGGCUGCUUGGGGGAGAAGAUGGACGGGUCUAUAUAUACAAUGGCAAACAGACCACCCUUGGUGACGUAACAGGCAAAUGCAAAUCAUGGAUAACUCCUUGCCCAGAAGAAAAGGCCCAAUAUGUACUGAUUUCUCCUGAGGCAAGUUCAAGGUUUGGGAGCUCUCUGAUGGCUGUGAGGUCAAAGGAGAAGAACCAGCUUGUCAUUGCUGCUGGAAGGAGUUCUCUGGGAGCCCGGCUUGCGGGGGCACUUCAUGUCUACAGCCUCAGCUCAGAUUAAAGAUUUCACUCCAUUUUCCUCCUCUGUCACUCCUCUCGUGUGUGGAAUCAUCUCCAGGGUGAGAGCUCUGGUGGACCAGUUGAAGUGGGCCAAGGUGGACCCCGAUGGUGGGGUCCUGGGAGCGGAGCCGAGCACCAACAGCCAGGCCAUCUGGAAACAUGGAA